AUGUGGAUUAAUAGAGCUAGAAGAUGUGUUGUCCGUAGACGUGGAGUGAGUAUCAGUGGUAGAUUUAUAAGUACCAGCGAAAAUGAGACAGUGAAUUAUGCUAAUAGAAAGAAUAUAAUCGAACAAAAGCCUCAUGGGUACUAUCCACCGAUUGAUACAAUCAGACCCAAUGACGCUAAACGUGCCCGUAUACCGAUCUUUAGACAGUCUUUUGAGACAGUUGAUUUUCUUCAGUAUCCUAAUAAGCGGUAUCCCGAGCUAUACAAUAUCGAAGGUAAGAUUAUAAGUAUACGGAAAUCGGGGAAAGCGAUGUACUUCAUUGAUUUAGUUCAAGACGGAGCAAAAGUGCAAAUAAUGGCCAGUAAUAAGCUCAUGCAAAUGUCAGCUCAAGAAUUUGAUGAUGCUCAUGCAUUUUUUAGAAAAGGUGACUUUAUUUCUUGUGUCGGGUAUCCUUCUGUCACCAACGUAGGUGAAUUAUCGUUGAAGCUAUGCAGAUCCAUCAAGUUGGCAUCACCAUGCUUGAAUCUGAUGACUAUUCCAGACAAGAUCAAAGAUAGGGGUCUUAUAAAUAGUAACCGUGUUUUGAAUUAUUUGGUCAACAGUGAUCUGAAACAAAGGUUAAUGAUAAAAUCCAUUGUCAUUCAGGCAAUCAGACAGUUUUUCGUGAAAAGAGACUUCAUGGAAGUUCAGACACCUAUUCUUGGUGGUUACGGAACGGGGGCAAAUGCAGAACCAUUCAGAACUGUUCUGAACGCUUUGAAAUCCACUGGGGAUGGCAGCAACAAAUAUUUGCAGUUGAGAGUUGCGCCUGAACUUUGGUUAAAGAAAUUGGUCAUAAGUGGAUUCGAUAAGAUCUUUGAAAUAGGCCAAAAUUUUAGAAACGAAGGAAUUGACCUGACGCAUAACCCUGAAUUUACUACUUGCGAGUUUUAUCAAUCAUUUACGAACUUGAAUGAAUUGAUGAUUCUCACUGAAGAGCUAUUCAAGGAGAUCCUUGACACUUUAAAAGAAAGAAAGCUAUCAUUGGUUCAAAAGCAAUUGCCUUCGCUUUCGGCAUUUGCCAGUGGUAGUUUUCCAAAGUACGAAUUCAUCCCUACAUUAGAACUGAAGACUGGGAUUCCAUUACCAAGCCAAUUGACCGCAGAAAGCUUAAUUGAAUAUCAUAAAAAGAUAGGGCUUGAAGUUCCAGCAUUGAAAUCUCCCUCGAAUCUCCUUGAUAACCUCUCAUCAAUCUACUUGGAGUCAAUUUCUCAGGAUACAAAAACUCCCAUUUUCAUCUACAACCAACCUUCACUUUUAUCACCUUUAGCCAAGUCAGCAAUAAUCAACUAUGGCUCCAGGAGCUAUGAUAUAUCCUUGCGAUUCGAAUUAUUCAUACAAGGUAAAGAAUAUGUUAAUUCCUAUGAAGAAGAAAAUUCUCCGUUUGAACAAUCUAAUAAGUUUAAACUACAACAGCUGGCUAAAACACAGUUUAAUGAUAAUGAAAUGAUUAUUCCUGAUUGGGAAUAUAUAAAACUGAUGGAAUAUGGUUUACCUCCUACUGGUGGAUGGGGAUGCGGAAUCGAUCGUUUGUGUAUGCUCUUCUCCGGAAGCGAAAGAAUCGAGGAUGUUCUUUCUUUUGGCAAUAUUAGAGACGUCGUUAGACAGUAA